CGCUCCCGCAGCCCUAAGCAAUCAACGCGGCUCUAUCCGUUCCCCUCCCUCCGCUCCGCUCCGCUGACCGCCGCCGAAACGCCACCCGCCUCCUCCCCCGGCCGCUGCGAGCCACCCCGCUUUCGCGAAAUUCCUUGUCGUCGUCUUCAAUCCACCACUGGACUGGCGUCGGUGGCGCGGAGUGGAGUGGAGAUCCGUCCGUACUCGGACUGGUUCCUUCGCUAGGCGGUAUCCGAGAUUCACUCUAGGGUUUACCCCUCGUUUCUGAAGUGGGGGAUUUGAAUUCUUCUGGGAUUUAUGCUGCAGAUGAUGCGGAUGGAAAAUAAGCGUGGUAAGGUCUCGUGAUUUCUGCUUGGAUAUCGAAAUCUGUGGUGCUGGUCUGACUCAUCAUCUCAGGGCAACUGCUAAGUACGAUUUCAGAGAUCCAGAAGAAUAUUGUUGCACAAGGAGGAAGGAGGGUCCUGUACCUGGAACUAUUUAAUAUUCUAAUUUCGUGAGAUUAAUAAAGAAGGGUUAAAAUGACUGGUGAUUCUAGGAAACAGCGGUCCAAGUGGGACACAAAGGAAGGAUCUCCUGAUAUAGUUGAGAUCAGCGAAGAUGAGUCUCCUCCUGAGAAUAUGGAUGUUCACCGUAAAGGUGGAGAUUUGCUCCCAAAACAUGAUACGUCCAUGCACCACGGUAGUGCUGGACAUGAGCAGGAGCAGACUGAUGGGUUCAAUAAAGAUACCAAGGAAAUGCAAUCUAAGGCAUCCUCUGAAAGAUUACAACCUCUUAGAAUGGCUGAUGAGCAUGAUAAUAAAGAGUGGGGCAAGGGAGGUUUGGAAAAGACUGCUGGUAUCCAAGGUAUAAACAGAUAUGCCAAUGACAGAAGACAUGGCGAUGGAUGGGGUACAGCUCUUAGUCGUGGUUAUUCUUCAAGGUUGCCUUCUGAUCCAGAUGCAUGGAGGCAGCGCAGUCGCAGUCCAUCUCCAAGAGGUGUUUGGAACAGAUCACGCAGGAACAGAAGUCGUUCCAGAAGCAGAAGCAGAAACAGGAGCAGGAGCAGGAGCAGGAGCAGAAGCAAAGGCCGAGGCAGAGGCCGAAGCAGAAGUCCUUAUUUUGCUGACCGUGGGUCUGAGUGGAGGGUUGAGAGAGGCAGAACAUCUGGAGGGCCUUUGCCUUGUAGAGAUUUUGUAGCUGGUAGAUGCAGAAGAGGCUUGAAUUGCAGGUUCCUUCAUGAAGAUGGUGAGCACAGGCCAUUUGAAGAACAUUAUCCUGCUGGCCCAAGGGAAAGAUAUGGGUACCAGAGCAAGGAAUCUAUGGAUUCACGAGAACAGAAUGACUUUUUACAGAGUAGGCAAUCUCGGAAUCGUUACGAUGAUGGGACCUGGGAAAGAUCUGAACCCCGAAGGGAUUACCGGUCUACUGAACAAUGCCAUAAUUUUGUCAAAGGGAGAUGCAGCAGAGGUGCUAGUUGCCGAUAUGCUCAUGAUGAUUCUGCUGCUUCUCAUGGUGGUUGGAGAGAUGAGGUUAGGGAAAGUGCCCAUGAUAGAGUUGGCCCUGAUUCAUCAUAUGGGAAUAGGACUGAGCAACGCAGGGUAAAUAAAAACCCCUGUAAAUUUUUUGCUGAAGGUCGAUGUCGUCGUGGUGAAAAUUGUCCAUAUCUCCAUGAGGAAGCUCCCCAGAGGCAGAUGGGUCUGAGUGCUCCUGAUGAGCCUUUGAAUUACAACGAUGGGCGUACAGCAAGAGGAAAUUUCUCAAACUGGGAUGAACAAAAUAAUGCGAUGCAUGCAACUUCACAGAUUUUACCCAGAGGUGACAGGGAAAAUGUUGCUUCUCAGAGUAUUGGCAGAAAUGAUUCUCGCUAUGAGUACGAAAACCGUCAUUCAAAAGAUGCCGGAAAGAGCCAGUACCUGAUUAUUCCUGAGGAAGAUUUUGGUUCACUAGUCCAAAACAAACCUGAAGUUGCUGCUUUACAACAGCCACAGCUAUUAACUCCUGUCCAAACUAGUGCAGAUAGCAUGAAUAAUGACAAGGUAUCUGGCACAGAUGGUCAGAGUGCAGCUGCAACAGCUGGCAAUCUGAGUAUGCAAACUGGGAUGCAUGCUGCUAAUAUUAUAGCAGAGCAAAACUUGGGUCAAAUACUUCAGAGCCAAGCUGCAAUUCCACAAAUUCCGAGGCCACCAAUUCUUCCAGUCACAACUCAUUCGCAGAAUAUUACAUCCUCGUUGCCUUCGAAUAGCCACAUGCAGCAAAGCAAAUUUUCAGUACAUCCGCAAGAACAGUUUGUUGUUCCCCAGGCAGCUGCAAAUAACUCAACUCCUAGCUUGCAGGGCCAACCAGUUGCUCCUCAUAUGGGACACAACAAACAUGGCUAUGGUCUAGGGGCACAGGCAUUGCCAAAUCUCUCUGCACAUAAUGGACAUAAUUUCAUUGUUGCUGGUCAAGUUCCACAGAAUGUUCAAACUGUGCAUGCUGGGCAGAGUCAGGCUCAGGCAACAAUGGACAUGCCCAGGCUGGGUCAAGACAGUGGUGCUCAAAGCAUACAAAACAUGCAGAAUUUCCAGCCGGUUGCUCCAAAUGUGCAAACUCAGAGUCAAUCCUUGCAAGGGUUAUCUCUUGUCCCAACUUCCACCUCAGCUGAUAUGGUUGGACCUCCUGUUUCUCAUAAUGCAGCAAAAAGCGAAGAACUUCAACGUGUUACUGCAUCUUUGGCACAAUUCUUUGGAAAUGCUGGUUUGGGUGCUGGUACUGUUGGACUACAAUCAUCAGAGCCUAAUAUGAACUCGAGCUUGAUGGUCACUUCAUCUGCUGCGCCUCCAGCUAUUCAACCCAAUCCGUGGCCUUGGGCACAGCAACAAGCAGGCAUGGUCCAAUCUGCACUGUCUAUUCCAUCUGAACAGCAUCAGCAGGCUCCUCAGACAUUUCAGAUACCAAUGGCUGUUGGUAGCAGUAAUGGCAACACUAUGCUCUUACCUCAUUCAGGUGUACCGACUGGUCACACUGCUGCUUCGGUGGUUAAUGAAACCAUGCCUUCAGAAAACAAGAAAGGAGAGACCAAAGAUAGUGAUGGAGAGGCUCAAGAUGGUGAUAAUAAGAAGAGCAAGGACUCCAAGGCACUGAAGAUGUUUAAAAUUGCACUUGCGGACUUUGUGAAAGAAGCACUUAAACCUACAUGGAAAGAGGGUCAGUUGAGCAGAGAGGUUCAUAAAACCAUUGUGAAGAAGGUUGUCGACAAAGUUAUAAGCACGGUGGAAAAUACCCCUCCAACAAAAGAAAAGAUUGAUAUCUACAUGUCCUACUCUAAAGAAAAACUAAACAAACUUGUACAGGCGUAUGUUGGCAAGUAUGCCAAGACAUGACAUUCCAUCAAUAACAUCUAGACGUGAGCUUCCUGCCCUAUGCCGAAAAGAUUGAAAGCACCUCAUCUGUGCUCAAAAGUUUAGGAUUCUGUGAAGUGGGGGCUUCGGUUAAAUCCGUCACAGUUUUUACCUGCAGUUUCAGGGUUUAGUGUAUUGGUAGGCAGGUGGCGCCGCUGCUAGUGCAAAUGUGCGAUAGCAGCAACCACUGUACCUUUUGUAGAAUAUUUAUUCAAAGAUUGAAUUUUCUGUAGUGAAUUAUGCAAGCUGUGGAUCAUUUUUAUGAAUAGGAGGCAAAUGACAUGCUGUGGUGUGUUUUGUGCU